UAUUAUUAACAUUUUAUUCACAAAUAUGCCACCAUCUUCCUGUUCUACACAGAGGUGAUGCAUUUCAACAAACAACGAAAAAACCAUGUCUAAACCCCCUCUCUCUCUCCUUCUCCUCUUCUCCCUCCUAGUGCUAACCCCACCUCACCCAACCGAAGCCUUGAUUUCCUUGACCCAACUGCGUACCCUCUUAUCCCUCUCCCACUCUCUCUCCUCCCGCGUCGCCAACCUUCGCGCCUCCCGAGGCGACCUCGAAGGCGCGCGACGUGCUCGCCUCAUCGCCAGCAAGCUUGACCAUGGCCUCAGCUUCAGGUUUUUGCCCUCCGCCUUUUCCAUGGCCUGGGAUUACCUCAGGAACUACGCCUGGCGGGAUACGAUGUCGUUUCAAGACGCGUUUGGAAUCGUCGCAGAUUUCAACGAGUUGCUGAGUCCACUCAGUGAAUUGGCUAGUUUGAAGUCUGAUUCUGAAAGGGCAGCGUGGUUUUCUCGGAAUUACAAGAAUGUCCUUCGAGUAUUCAAGUCUAUUUCGAAUCGGUUACUCUCAGUAUUUAGGAAAUCCGGAGCUCUAAGAGAAUUGGUGGAAAUAUUGCAGAAAGAAAUGGCAGGUGAGUCUUUGAAGGAUUAUCUGGAGGUGGGUACUAAUGAUUUGAAAGGUUUGAUUCAAAUUAUGAAGGACUUAGCUUCGCAAUAUGCACAUGUUGAGAAUCACCAAGAACUCUGAUUUUAAUUUUUGUUGCUUUCUUCUUUUGUGUGUGGUUAGGGAUUGCAAGUUUUGAAUUUUGGGAAGGGUAUAUUGUUUGAUUGGGAGGUUUAGCUAGGAAAGUUUGAUGGAAAUUGAGCUAACUGUAAUGUAGGAAUCAUGAAAGAAAAGCGAACGUAAGGAAGUUUCGGUACCAUGUUUUUUGUAAACAUAUGAAAGCAAGUUAUCAGAAUAUACUUUACUUGAUAGAGGAGCAAUAGUAAGGAAGUUAUGGUACCAUGUAUUUUGUAAACAUGAAAGCAAAUCAGAAUAGACUUUAGUUGAUAGAGGAGGAAUCGAUGUCAUGUGUAAUCUGGCAAGGUACCAUAAUUAAAUGAAGCUGGUCAGUUUUCUUAUA